AUGGAGACCGCCGCGAGGGUUUCGGAUGGAGAAGCAAAAUGCGUCGCGGUUUUGAGAUUUGAGAUUGGGGGGAGCAGCGCACGUAAUACGCCUCCACCGACAGCCCUGAGCUAUGUCAUUACGGGGCCAUAUCUUUGGAGGUGGGUACCGAGCCACAGCUGUGGGAUCACCAGUAACACUGUGAUAAUUGCGGCUAUGCGUUGA